GCGAGGGCUGCGCGCGGCUGAGAACAGCUCGCGGCGAAGCUCGCGUUUUCCCCAGGUGCGGAGAGAUACCCAAUCCGGACUGCACUGGGGCAACGCACUGUACAGGCAACUGCUACAAUCCAUGUAAAAAUCAAGAAAUAAAAUGAAGAUUUUUCAGUGCAAGAAGCGAUACUGGCUGCUUCCAGCUUUUUGGGCAAUUGCUUGUUUUUGCGCUAUUGUCCAUGGUCAAGUAGCUCCACCCACGAGGCUUAGAUACAGUGUAUUGUCUCAAGACAGUAUACAAAUUUCAUGGAAGGCUCCAAGAGGAAAAUUUGGUGGAUACAAACUUCUUGUGACUCCGGCUUCAGGUGGAAAAACCAAUCAGUUAAAUCUCCAGAACACUGCAACAAAAGCAAUUAUUCAAGGUCUUAUGCCAGAACAGAAUUACACAGUUCAAAUUAUUGCAUACAAUAAAGACAAAGAAAGCAAGCCAGCUCAAGGCCAAUUUAGAAUUAAGGAUUUGGAAAAAAGAAAGGAUCCUAAACCCAGAGUCAAAGUUGUGGACAAAGGAAAUGGAAGUAAGCCGUUUUCACCAGAAGAAGUGAAAUUUGUGUGUGAGUCUCCAGCUAUUGCUGACAUUGUAAUCCUGGUUGAUGGUUCGUGGAGUAUUGGAAGAUUCAACUUCAGACUGGUUCGGCUUUUCUUGGAAAACCUGGUGACAGCAUUCAAUGUGGGCUCAGAGAAGACACGAGUCGGUCUUGCACAGUACAGCGGAGACCCUCGGAUAGAAUGGCACUUGAACGCCUUCAGUACGAAAGAUGAGGUGAUUGAAGCAGUCCGAAACCUGCCCUACAAGGGAGGAAAUACCCUCACAGGACUUGCUUUGAACUACAUUUUUGAAAAUAGCUUCAAGCCACAAGCAGGAUCAAGGACUGGAGUACCCAAAAUUGGAAUUUUAAUCACAGAUGGAAAAUCCCAAGAUGAUAUUAUUCCACCAUCCAGAAACCUUCGUGAUUCCGGAGUAGAGCUGUUUGCUAUAGGGGUGAAAAACGCGGAUGUGAACGAACUGCAAGAGAUCGCCUCUGAACCAGACAGCACUCACGUGUACAACGUGGCGGAAUUCGACCUGAUGCACACCGUGGUGGAGAGUCUAACGAGGACGGUGUGCUCCAGGGUGGAAGAACAGGACCGAGAGAUCAAAGCCUCAGCGCUUACCACCAUUGGGCCACCUACAGAGUUGAUUACUUCUGAAGUGACUGCCAGCAGCUUUAUGGUUAACUGGACUCAUGCCCCAGGAAAAGUGCAAAGAUACAGGGUUGUGUAUUAUCCUACCAGGGGUGGAAAACCAGAGGAGGUUGUGGUGGACGGAAGUGCAUCUUCCACAGUGUUGAAAAAUUUGAUGUCAUUCACCGAAUAUCAGAUUGCAGUCUUUGCAGUAUAUGCCCACGCGGCUAGUGAAGGCCUCCGGGGAAGUGAAACUACACUUGCUUUACCCAUGGCUUCUGAACUUGAGCUGUAUGAUGUGACUGAGAACAGUCUACGGGUCAAAUGGGCUGCGGUGCCUGGAGCUUCGGGCUACCUAAUCCUCUAUGCUCCUCUCACAGAAGGUCUGGCUGGAGAUGAAAAGGAGAUGAAAAUUGGAGAGACGUACACAGAUAUUGAAUUGAGUGGAUUGUCACCCAAUACGGAGUAUACAGUCACGGUGUAUGCCAUGUUUGGAGAAGAAGCCAGCGACCCAGUGACGGGACAGGAAACCACGUUGCCAUUAAGUCCACCAAGAAACCUGAGAAUCUCCAAUAUUGGCUCAAACAGUGCCCGGCUAUCCUGGGACCCAGCCUCAAGGAAGAUCUCUGGCUACAGAAUCGUGUAUAACAACGCAGAUGGCACUGAAAUCAAUGAGGUGGAGGUGGAUCCUGUUACUACUUUCCCUCUGAAAGGCCUGACGCCCCUCACGGAGUAUGCUAUAGCCAUUUUCUCCAUGUACGAAGAAGGGCAGUCGGAGCCCCUGACUGGAAGUUUUACCACUGAGGAAGUUCCAGCCCAGCAAUACUUGGAAAUCGAUGAGGUGACGACAGAUAGUUUCAGAGUGACCUGGCAUCCCCUCUCAGCUGAUGAGGGGCAGCACAAGUUAAUGUGGAUUCCAGUCUAUGGUGGAAAGACCCAAGAGGUCAUCCUAAGGGAAGAACAGGACUCGCACGUGAUUGAAGGCUUGGAGCCCGGCACUGAGUAUGAAGUUUCACUGUUGGCUGUGCUUGAUGAUGGAAGUGAGAGCGAGGUGGUGACUGCUGUAGGGACCACCCUUGAUAGCUUUUGGACAGAACCAGCUACAACCAUAGUACCUACCAGUUCUGUGACUUCAGUUUUCCAGACAGGAAUCAGAAACCUGGUUGUAGAUGAGGAGACUACUUCUAGCCUGCGGGUAAAAUGGGACAUUUCUGACAGCAAUGUGGAACAGUUUAGGGUGACCUACCUGACUGCUCAAGGGGAUCCUGCGGAAGAAGUGGUAGGAACGGUCAUGGUGCCUGGAAGGCAGAAUAGUCUGCUUUUGAAGCCCCUGCUUCCAAAUACGGAAUACAAAGUCACUGUGACUCCCAUGUACACCGAUGGAGAAGGUGUCAGCGUCUCUGCUCCAGGGAAAACCUUGCCACCCUCUGGUCCUCAAAACCUAAGGGUCUCUGAGGAAUGGUACAAUCGCUUGCGGAUCACCUGGGACCCUCCACCUUCUCCUGUGAAGGGCUAUCGGAUCGUCUACAAACCUGUCAGUGUCCCUGGCCCAACCUUGGAAACGUUUGUGGGAGCAGACAUCAACACCAUUCUUAUCACCAACCUCCUUAGCGGAAUGGACUACAACGUGAAGAUAUUUGCCUCCCAGGCUUCAGGCUUCAGUGAUGCUCUGACAGGCGUGGUGAAAACAUUGUUCUUGGGUAUCACUGAUCUCCAAGCCAACCAAAUUGAAAUGACCAGCUUGUGUGCCCAGUGGCAGGUGCAACGUCAUGCCACAGCCUACCGGGUAGUUCUAGAAUCUCUCCAGGAUACACAAAAGCAAGAAUCCACUGUGGGUGGAGGGACAACCAGGCACUGUUUCUAUGGACUUCAGCCUGAUUCAGAAUAUAAAAUCAGCAUUUACACGAAGCUCCAAGAGCUUGAGGGACCUGGCGUGAGCAUAAUGGAAAAAACACAAUCCCUUCCAACUGAGCCACCAACAUUUCCUCCAACAAUUCCACCAGCGAAAGAAGUAUGCAAAGCUGCCAAGGCAGACCUGGUGUUUAUGGUGGAUGGGUCCUGGAGCAUCGGAGAUGAUAAUUUCAAUAAGAUCAUCAACUUUCUCUAUAGCACAGUAGGAGCAUUGGACAAAAUUGGGGCAGAUGGAACUCAGGUCGCAAUGGUUCAGUUCACUGAUGACCCCAGAACCGAAUUUAAACUAAAUGCUUAUCAAACGAAAGAGACUCUUCUUGAUGCAAUCAAGCGUAUCUCAUAUAAAGGGGGAAACACAAAAACAGGAAAAGCAAUUAAGCAUGUUCGAGAUACCCUGUUCAGCACAGAAUCUGGUACAAGAAGAGGAAUCCCAAAGGUUAUUGUGGUUAUAACUGAUGGAAGAUCACAAGAUGAUGUGAACAAAAUCUCCAAAGAGAUGCAAGAAGAUGGCUACAACAUUUUUGCCAUUGGUGUGGCUGAUGCAGAUUACUCGGAGCUGGUUAGCAUUGGCAGCAAGCCCAGUGCGCGCCAUGUCUUCUUUGUGGACGACUUUGAUGCCUUUAAGAAAAUUGAAGAUGAAUUAAUUACUUUUGUCUGCGAAACUGCAUCAGCAACCUGCCCACUGUUGCACAAGGAUGGCAUUGAUCUUGCAGGAUUUAAGAUGAUGGAAAUGUUUGGUUUGGUUGAAAAGGAUUUUUCAUUGGUGGAAGGGGUUUCUAUGGAGCCUGGUACCUUCAAUGUGUAUCCUUGUUACCAUCUCCAUAAAGAUGCCCUGGUUUCCCAGCCAACCAAGUAUUUGCACCCAGAAGGCCUACCCUCUGACUACACAAUCAGUUUUCUCUUCCGGAUUCUUCCUGACACACCACAGGAGCCCUUUGCUCUUUGGGAAAUUUUAAAUAAAAACUCUGAUCCGUUAGUUGGGAUCAUUUUAGAUAAUGGUGGGAAAACUCUAACUUACUUCAACUAUGACUACACUGGAGAUUUUCAAACAGUUACUUUUGAAGGACCUGAAAUUAAGAAAAUUUUCUAUGGAAGCUUUCAUAAGCUUCAUGUUGUUGUCAGCAAGACUUUGGCCAAAGUGGUUAUUGACUGCAAAGAAGUGGGUGAAAAGGCAAUAAACGUGUCGGCCAACGUCACAGCAGACGGUGUGGAGGUGCUUGGGAGAAUGGUUAGAUCAAGAGGACCAAAUGGAAACUCUGCAUCAUUCCAGCUGCAGAUGUUUGAUAUUGUUUGUUCUACAUCAUGGGCCAAUCAAGACAAAUGCUGUGAACUUCCAGGCUUGAGAGAUGAAGAAUCCUGCCCAGAUCUUCCUCAUUCCUGCUCCUGUUCGGAAGCCAACGAAAUGGCCCUGGGACCAGCAGGUCCACCGGGUGGUCCAGGACUCCGGGGACCAAAGGGUCAGCAAGGUGAACAAGGCCCAAAGGGCCCAGAUGGACCUCGAGGUGAAACAGGUCCCCCAGGCCCGCAGGGUCCUCCUGGACCUCAAGGACCCAGCGGCUUAUCCAUCCAAGGAAUGCCUGGAAUGCCAGGUGAAAAAGGAGAGAAAGGAGAUACUGGCUUUCCAGGCCCACAGGGUAUGCCAGGAGGCAUUGGCUCACCUGGGCGUGAUGGCUCACCAGGCCCAAGGGGCUUUCCUGGAAAGGAUGGCUCAUCUGGCCCUCCAGGACCACCAGGGCCAAUUGGCAUUCCUGGAGCCCCCGGAGUCCCAGGAAUCACUGGAAGUACAGGGCCACAAGGCGCCCUGGGGCCACCUGGUGUCCCUGGGCCCAAAGGAGAGCGAGGAGAACGAGGUGACCUGCAGUCUCAAGCCAUGGUGAGAGCAGUGGCACGUCAAGUAUGUGAACAGCUCAUCCAGAGUCACAUGUCCAGGUACACAGCCAUUCUCAACCAGAUUCCCAGCCACUCCUCAUCCAUCCGGACCAUCCAGGGCCCUCCUGGGGAGCCUGGAAGACCAGGUUCACCUGGAACGCCUGGAGAACAGGGGCCACCGGGCUCACCAGGCUUUCCAGGAAGCGCAGGCAUGCCGGGGACCCCAGGAGAGCGAGGUCUAACUGGUAUUAAAGGAGAAAAAGGAAAUCCAGGCAUUGGAACUCAGGGUCCAAGAGGGCCCCCUGGACCAGCAGGACCUUCAGGAGAGAGUCGGCCAGGUAGCCCAGGACCCCCUGGCUCUCCUGGACCAAGGGGUCCACCUGGUCAUCUGGGGGUUCCUGGGCCUCAAGGUCCUUCUGGUCAGCCUGGAUAUUGUGACCCUUCUUCAUGCUCUGCUUAUGGCGUGGGAGCUUCCCAUCCGGAUCAGCCAGAAUUCACCCCUGUGCAAGACGAGGAAGAAGCCAUGGGACUGUGGGCCCCAGGAAUCUGACCGGCCACAGGAGACCUUUGAAGUCCUACAUUAGAAGCUCUCAAGGAACGUUUUUCAAGAAACUGUUGUUAUUUGGUUUGUAUGCAACUUGGGGAGGACUCAUUUUAGCAGUCUUAAUAAAAUUUUCCAAAGAAGAGACUCACCAAAAAAUAAAAAAAAAAAAAACAAAUCACCCUAAUCUAUAGCACCAUUGAGAUGUUUGCCCUUUGUGAUUUCAAUGACGUCCCAGAUCAAAACUGCUUUCCAGAGAAGACUGCUCAAAAAGGAAUUGGGAAAAGUAAAAUUGACCCUUCAGAUCUUUCUCUCAAGUGAUGAAACGAACAAGACAAGUGAGAAUCUAUUAGAGGAAAAUGGGAUUCAAGUAGAGAAGGAAUUCAGUGAGAUUCAGAUUAUAUCCUCUACUCCACAACUUUUGGAAAUGAUCUGGAUAAGGGGAAAUAAGGGGGGGUAUUAUUGGAGAAACUACCUCUUGCUUAAUCUAUCCUUCUCUGAGAUUGCUUGGUAACUGGUUUCACGGGUAUCCAAAAGUGUCACAAUGUAAUCUUUAUGAAUUUGGUGAUUUAAAAUGUAGAUAGUUUUCCAGUUUUUGUCUGAUGCAAAACAAUGACUUCCACCAGCACUGAUGAAGAAGUGAUCCACUUUUAAUGAAUGAUUUGUCCAGCCAUAUGUUCCAGGCCUUGCCUCUCCUUGUCUACAGGGAUUACUUUGUACAUGAAGAUAACUGCAAACCAAUUUUUAUUCUUUUUGUAAGCAAAUAAAAUGUAAAACA